AACACUCCUCAAGAGGGGAUUAAAAACAAAAAAAAAAAAACGAUGGUGUUCUACCAACAAACCUCACAGGACAUGCUACGUAGCUACCACACCCGAGCCAUCUCACCACACCAAUGUGGCUCGAGCCACGUCCAGACCAUAAACGCACCGCUCCCGUUCGUGUGGUCCCUAGUCCGCCAAUUCGACAAACCCCAAGCCUACAAGCGCUUCAUCAGCAGCUGCACCCUCCGUGCCGGCACCGGUGGCGUCGGCAGCGUGCGUGAGGUGCACGUGGUCUCCGGCCUACCAGCUGCAACCAGCACUGAGCGCUUCGACUACCUCGACGACGACUACCACGUCAUCCGCUUCACGAUCAUCGGUGGGGACCACCGGCUCACGAACUACCAGUCCACGAUGACCGUCCACGAAUCCAACGGAUGUACGGUUGUCACCGAGUCAUACGUCGUGGACAUCCCACCAGGAAGCACCAAGGAAGACACAGUCCUCUUCACGGACACGAUCGUGCGAUGCAACCUGCGUUCACUCGCGCGGAUCUCUGAGAAAAUGGCGUCAGCGGAGUCGGAGUCGGAUUCUCUCAGCUAUUGAUAUACUUUUGCAUAUCACGUCUACUUCUCUUUGUAAACAUGUGAAAAAUAUUUAGGGGCUGACUAUUACUAUUAAUUACUAUGUUUAAAAUCUGUUAAUUUGGGAUUAGUAACAAAUGCGGUUUUGCAUCUGUUUAUAGAUUGGAGCAUGGAAUAUGGAUUUAUUUCUUGUGUUUUAAUUACAUAUCUUAUUCUUACCUUAGGUUUAAACCCUAAUUAUCAAGAAAUUUCAACUAAAGGCUUGGAAUCGUGCUUUCAGGCUUUUCUAAUUACUGGUGGUUUUCAGGCAA